UCAAUGUAUUCAGAGAUCCAGAGGGAGCGGGCGGACAUUGGGGGCCUGAUGGCCCGGCCAGAGUACAGAGAGUGGAAUCCGGAGCUCAUCAAGCCCAAGAAGCUAAUAAACCCUGUGAAGGCCUCCCGGAGUCACCAGGAGCUGCACCGGGAGCUGCUCAUGAACCACAGAAGAGGCCUUGGCGUGGACAGCAAGCCGGAGCUGCAGCGUGUCCUGGAACACCGCCGUCGCAACCAGCUCAUCAAGAAGAAGAAGGAGGAGCUGGAGGCCAAGCGGCUGCAAUGCCCCUUCGAGCAGGAGCUAAUGAGACGGCAGCAGAGGCUGAACCAGGUGGGUGGAGGAUACCCAGCCCUGGCCCAGGGAGGAGCUCUGCAUGUGGCCACAGCUGGCGAGAGGGAAGAGGGUCAGCAGAAAGCGCACUAG